UAUGUACUGUAGUUGAAAGUAGCGACAUAGCGACAGACUAUCGCAUUUAUCUCGUUCAGCAUGAAGAUAGAGAUUCAUCCGUUGACAGCAGAUCCUACAGCAGCCUGGCGCGAGUUAUCUCAGCAUCAGAAAGUUGUUAACAUAACUGCUAAAUUGCCGACGACCGAGGCACCAAGCGAUAAAUUGCGUAUAGUAUGUAUGAGCGAUACGCAUUCACUCACACCAUACAUAAAAUUUGACAUACCUGCUGGAGACGUUUUCAUACACGCCGGAGAUUUUACGAAAUGUGGUAGUCUACAAGAAGUCAUAGAAUUCAAUAAUUGGAUAGGCAAUUUACCACAUAAACAUAAAAUAGUUAUAGCUGGAAAUCAUGAACUUAGCUUUGAUCCAACAUUCACACACCCUUUUUCUGUGCAUACUGGUGGGGAUCAUCAGAAACAUACAGGAACCAGUAUACUUGACAAUAUACCUACCUUGGGUAUGUCAAAAGAUACUCUUGCCGAAGCUAUUAAAACUACUAAUGUUAAAGAUUAUUUGACAAAUUGUACAUAUUUGGAAGAUUCUGAAAUUAUAUUGCAUGGAAUCAAGAUAUACGGUACUCCAUGGCAACCAGAGUUUUGUAAGUGGGCAUUUAACGUGCCGCGUGGGGAAGCGUGCCUCUCUAAAUGGGAAAUGAUUCCAUCAAAUACAGAUAUCCUCGUAACGCAUACUCCUCCUGUAGGUCACGGAGAUCUGUGCUGUACUGAUGUACGCGCUGGAUGUGUCGAAUUAUUGUCAACGGUGCAAAAUCGUGUGAAACCCAAAUAUCAUGUAUUUGGUCACAUACAUGAAGGAUAUGGCAUAUCUUCAGACGGCAAAAUCAUAUAUAUUAAUGCAUCGACAUGUGAUUUGAAUUAUUUGCCAAGUAAUCCACCAAUAGUGUUUGAUAUAACACUACCACCUGGUGUUCAAAAAUCAUAAACCACCAGCUAAAUUGAAAUUAAUAUAUACUAUACUGCAUAAUGUUACAUCAGGAGUAUGUCAGAUCUUACAAACAGAAAAAAAUUGAUAAAAGAUCGACAUAUAAAUUAUGUAGGAGUUUAUAUAGUUUCUUGCCUUAAUUCAAUCAUGACAUGUAUAAAGCAUAGACUGUAAGUAUUAAUUUGCCUUUCUUUUUCAUACAAUUUGUAAGGUCUUAAUAAUAACAUGUAAGAGAUAAUCUAAUUUGUGAUCUUUCUUAAAUAAAAACUUUAUAAAUUAUAUAUAUUGUUAUGCAAUGUUUUUUAUAAAUUAGCUUCUAAUAUUUAUCUUUUAUUUUUAAUCAUUUUUAACAGUUAUUUAAUAGUUGUUAAGUUUUUGUUAAAGAAUGAUCGAAUUAGUAAAGGAAUCAGUUGUGGAAAGGAAACUUUUAUUUAGAUAUCUUGAAUAUACGUUUCCUUCGAAGUAAUUUUCAGUAAUAAAAUUUAUGUUUUACUUUUUAUGUAUUUAUUGUAUUUUAUGUAUUUAUAUGCCCAAUUGAGUAACAACCCAAUUGGCACUUUCUCAUUAGGAAAAAUUUGCAAUUAUAUACUGUCACAUUUGAGACUA